AUGAGCAAUGCCUCUCAGAGGGUGAGGGAAACAAAUCAGUCAGUGACCUCGGACUUCACUCUCACGGGCCUUUUCAACCACUCAGGGCCACAUCUGGCCCUGUUCUCCCUGGUGGCUGCCAUAUUCACAAUGGGCCUUCUGGGCAAUGCAAUCCUGAUCUUCCUGAUCCACACAGAUGCCAGGCUCCACACGCCCAUGUACUUUCUUCUCAGCCAGCUCUCCUUGUUGGAUGUUGGCUUUCCACUGGUCACCAUUCCCAAGAUGGCAGCUGACUUCCUGAAGGAAGAAGGCACCAUCUCCCUUGGAGGUUGUGCAGCUCAGAUGUUCUUCUUGAUGCUUAUAGGUGUCUCUGAGGGCAUCUUGCUAUCCCUCAUGUCUUAUGACCGCUACAUUGCCAUGUGCCACCCCUUGCAUUAUCCUGUGCUCAUGAGACGUCACGUCUGCCUGCUUUGGGUGGGCACCUCCUGGUUGUCAGGUGUGCUUGUAGCCUCCAUCCAGACCUCCAUCACUCUGCACUUCCCCUACUGUGCCUCACGCGCUGUGGACCACUUCUGUGAGCUGCCUGCCCUACUCAAGCUCUCCUGUGCGGACACCUCUGCCUAUGAGUGGGCGCUGUCCAUCUCUGGGGUGCUGAUCUUGGUGCUGCCUCUGUCACUCAUCGCCACCUCCUACAGCCAUGUGUUGGGGGCUGUUCUUCACAUGCACUCAGCUGAGGCCCAACACAAGGCCUUCACCACCUUCUCCUUGCACAUCACUGUGGUGGGGCUCUUCUAUGGGGCAGCAGUGUUCAUGUACAUGGUACCAGGCACCUACCACACCCCACAGCCAGACAACGUGGUCUCCCUCUUCUACAGUCUCAUCACUCCCACACUCAACCCCCUAAUCUAUAGCCUGAGGAACCGAGAAGUUCAAAUGGCUUUGGUCAGGAUCCUUUUCAGAACUGGCUUCAGAUCAAAGAGAUGA